CUCCCUUCCUUCCUAACAACCCACCACGCCCACCAACAAUUUCCUCAUCUCAGGCUAAAUACUCACCCCUCCAACACUUUGAUCGAAAAUGGACCACCCACAAACCCCACGCGUCCUGGCUACCCACCUCGCAAACUUCCAACACCGCAUCGUCCGCGUCCUGGGAACAGUCGUCCAGCUGCGCGGCGAAACAGCAGUCAUCGAUGCCGGGGGGCAGAUUGACGUGAUACUGAACCGGGACGCCCACCUGGCGCUCAACCACGCGGUAGAAAUCAUCGGCAAGGUGGACGGGAACCUGCAUGUCAAAGUACAAGCCGCAACAGAUUUCGGCACGAAUAUUGAUUUUACCGCUGCAAACGCCGUCGUGGACGCUACGCAUCGCCACAAGGAGAUUUUCUACGACGGGGAAUGAGCUUGACUGUUGUGCGUGGAGGAGAAGAUUUGGGGAUGAAGAAUGACGUGAGGGCGUCAUGUCGACGCCAGGCAGGUCACGACACGACUAUCAAUGCAUGAGAGCGGAUAGAUAAUCUCGACAUCACAUGUGUGACAUGCAUACACAGUGCAGCAGUCUGUGAAAACGAACCAGCAAUUGAUAUGCACAUGCGUUUACGUUAUGAAAUCUACAUGAGCGUCCAUCCACGCUCACGAACUCUCAACGUUCCGCAAUCCCAAACCGGUAUACAACGCCUCUCCAAAAACGCCCGCUAACCCACACACACAACAAAACCUCACAACUU